GAUGACCUCGACCUCUUCUUCCACUGCUGGACCCGUCCGCACUGUCCCGCCUGCCUCUCUGCGUCAAAUCCAUACCCUUGCUCCUGGUGCGCAACAUCGCAAACCUGCGUGCCAAACACCAUUUCCCCGUACCCAUUCGGAAUCCUUGCACCGAUAAAGUCCGCUGAUAUAUGUCCUCUGGCAUGGCGGGAGCGAUGGGAGAUGAGGGCUCGGCCAUUCAGUUGUCGAUGUUCGAGUAUGACGUUCCUAAGUGUCGUUGUCGCUGUAUUCGGGACGCUUAUAGGCCUGUUGGUGAUUUGGUCGGCUGUGAGGUUGGGGAGGUGGGCGGCACGGAGAUGGAAGGCGAGG